AUGCAGAUUACAGUGUACACACCAACGGCUAUACGGGCCGGAAUUCUCCUCACAAACAACACAAACCUCUAUCUCGAGGCUCAAGAGAACGCUCGUCUUCUCUCUGCUAUGGCUGGACCUCCUGUUCGCUCAGCGUUCAAUGCGAAGGCCCGUCAAUCCUUAGCGGGAUCAAGAAAGAAAGGCAAAGCGAAGAAUAGUGUAGCUAAAGCAGAAGAACCUCAACCCAACUCAAAUGCCGACAUCCUUAUCCCUAAGAGCAAAGAGGAGAAGCAUAAUGAUCGGAAGGAAAAGCUUUUACAAGAGCUCGCUGCACAGAGCGAGCUGAAUUGGAACACAAAGAAGAAGAAAAGACUCGAGAAAUACAUCGAUAAGAAGCUGAAGAAGGAGGAGAGGGUCCUCAUUUUCGAGAAACUUGCCAAGACGCAGGCCUCUCUAUCUUCAUCACUACUUCAAUCCUCGUCCACUCUUGGAACGGGAAAGGCUUUGACACACAAAGAACUCCAAGAAAAGGCCGAAGAUAGCCUCGUGAAGAAAUCCCUCCUCGGUCAACCCGGCAAGCGGAAACGACAUCAAGAUGUCUUCGAUAUUCAGGAGGCCGACGAUGAAGAUGAGGAACUCUCGCCGGAUGAAGAUGACGAAGUGCCGGACCAUCAUAAUGUCGAUUCCACUCCACUCGAAUUGCCUUCGGAAACAUCGGUUGUCAUUGACGAAUCCCCAUCUCUACCGCCUGCGAAAAGUGCCGCCACAGUAGGCAGUGCAUUGCAGAGAAAUCUAGAUGGAAGCACAGUUGCGCCUAAAGUUCGACCAAGGACCAAGGGGAUGCAGACUCAGCGGGGCUGGGGCAAAAAGACUCCAGUCGAAGUGCAGCCCGAUUCCGAUACGUCAUUCGACAGCUCGGAUUCUGAGAACGAUCCAGCAGAGCAAGCAGAAGGGUCUUCACUGGAUCCGGGUUCUGAAGAUAAUGAAGAUGACGAAAUGCAGAUUGACGAUUCCAAAGCUGAUUCGGACUCCCUGCACCCUGUCAAGAAGAAAUCUCUUGGAUUCAAGGACUGGGCCAUCAAACAACUCAGUGUCGCAAAAGGUUAUGAUCUUGCAAAACCCACAGACGAAACGUCCGUCGUUGAAACACCUCGUCAACCUCCUCGAAAAAGGCAGAAGGUCGAUGACGAUGGAAUUAAGCACGGACCUUUGGGAGAGGAGUUGCAGCUACCAUCAACAUCAUUUUCGAAACACCUGCUGGACUCCGGGAAGAAAAGUGGCCCAGGCGCUUACUCCAAAGCCGUCGAGGUCAAACGACCUGCGGAUGUCGAGGAGGCAAGGAUUCUCCUCCCUAUUGUCACAGAAGAACAGCCAAUCAUGGAGGCGAUCCUGCUGAACCCUGUCAUCAUUAUUUGUGGGGAAACGGGCAGUGGAAAAACUACCCAGGUCCCUCAAUUCCUCUAUGAAGCCGGUUUUGGAACCCCUGGGAGUGGUAAUCCUGGCAUGAUUGGAAUUACCCAACCACGACGGGUUGCUGCUAUGUCAAUGGCUGCUCGUGUUGCUCACGAGCUCUCAUUAACUUCGUCCCGCGUGUCUUAUCAAAUACGUUACGAUGCGACUGUCUCUCCCGAAACAUCUAUCAAGUUUAUGACCGAUGGUGUUUUGCUGAGAGAGUUAGCCACAGAUUUUUUGUUGACGAAAUACUCCAUCAUCAUCAUCGACGAAGCGCAUGAAAGAAGUAUCAAUACAGACAUUCUUAUUGGUGUUCUCAGUCGCGUCAUCAAACUUCGAGAAGAGCUGUGGAAUAAAGGAAAAGAUGGCAUUAAACCUCUACGACUCAUUAUCAUGUCCGCCACCCUUCGCGUUAGUGAUUUUGCAGAAAAUAAGACGUUAUUCGCCUCCCCUCCGCCCGUCAUUCACGUCGCUGCCCGUCAACACCCUGUGACGAUCCAUUUUAGUCGUCGCACCCAUCCGGACUACGUCACCCAAGCUGUUAAAAAGACAGUCAAAAUUCACACCUGCCUACCUCCAGGCGGAAUUCUAAUAUUUUUAACUGGCCAAAAUGAAAUUACGGGGGUGUGCAAGAGGCUGGAGGCAAAAUUCGGCAAUCGAGCUAUUAGUGAGAAGAAGCGAAGGAGAAACGCGUCUCAAUCGUGGUCAAGUGCACCGCAAGGAGAUCUGGAUAGCUCUGGAGCACUGAUCGGUGCGGUAUUGGCAUUUCAAGCUGAUGUUGAAGUCGAAGAAAUCGACCUUGACACAACUGGGCAAAAUGACCCGACUUUCGGUGUUGAUGAAAGCCUUUCCGGGGACGAAGACUCUGAAGCCCUGGACAGCGACGGUGAGAAUCAAUUAGAGGAAGAGCUUAGACUCGACGAUGACUCGGAUGUGCCGAUGCAUGUCGUUCCCUUGUAUUCCCUGUUGCCCAGCGAGAAGCAAAUGCAGGUGUUUCAACAGCCGCCGUCCGGAAGUCGUCUGGUCGUGGUCUCGACUAAUGUAGCAGAGACCUCGUUAACAAUCCCUGGCAUCCGUUACGUCGUCGAUUGUGGGCGAGCAAAGGAGAGACAUUACGACGCCGUGAACGGUAUUCAAAGAUUCCAAAUUUCGUGGGUGUCCAAAGCCUCGGCUGCCCAGCGUGCGGGCCGUGCGGGUCGGAUAGGACCUGGCCACUGCUACAGACUCUAUUCCUCAGCCCUUUUCGAGCAUCACUUUGAAAAUUUCUCCACCCCCGAGAUACAGCGUAUGCCCAUCGAUGGAAUCGUUCUACAGAUGAAGAGCAUGCAUAUAGACGCAGUUGUCAAUUUUCCUUUUCCGACGCCGCCAGAUCGUUCAGCUCUUCACAAAGCAGAGAAAUGUUUGGUCGUGCUAGGCGCACUCUCACCUCUCCCGACGUCGACAGAAAGACAGAUAACUGAUCUAGGAAGGGCCAUGUCUCUAUUCCCUUUGUCUCCUCGAUUCUCAAGGAUGCUUGUGACUGGACAGCAGCACGGAUGCUUGCCAUACAUCAUUUGCAUUGUAUCCGCCCUUUCUGUUGGUGAUCCCUUCGUCUACGAGGAAGCUCUUGAUCAAGAGAGCGAUCGCGAAGAGUCCGACGUACCUAUCACGUUCGCUUUGAGCAGUGAAGCAACCAUUGCCAAAGAACGACGUCGCCUUCUUCGAAAGGCGUUCUUCCAGUCGCAGCAUACUCAUGCAUCCUUGGGCAAAUACACGAGCGACAUGUUCAGGGUUUUGUCUGUCGUUGGUGCCUACGAAUAUGCCGGUGGUGGUCAGAAGUUCUGCGCGGAACAGUUUGUUCGACCGAAGGCUAUGGAGGAGAUCCAUAAACUUAGAGCUCAGAUCAGCAACAUUGUUCAUGCAAACUUUCCAACUACAGAUCCGAACUUUAUUCCUCGCCUCCCACCUCCAAACGAUCGACAGUUGAAAGCUUUGCGACAGAUCUUGACUGCUGGAUUCCUUGACCAGGUGGCUAUUAGAAAAGAUCUGGUCGACAGCAGCGAGGCUUCGGGCAACAAAUACGCUACUUCAAAGGGCGUUGCAUAUCGGGCUCUUGGGGUCUCUGAGGACGUGUACAUCCAUCCGUCCUCGAUAUUGUUCAACUCCUCCCCGCCGGACUACCUGGUAUAUCACGAAAUUGUUCGCACUACUCGAAUAUUUCUGAAAGGUCUGACUGUCAUCAACGCGGCUUGGCUGUCAUCCUUGGGAGGGAACACACUCUGCACAUUUUCAAAACCAAUCAAAAAUAAUGUUGGCACAUUGAUGACGAUACCCCGGUUUGGACCUGAGGGCUGGGAAUUGCCAGCAGUAAAAGCUUCAGCGGAUAUGAUAUAG